UCAAAUACAGAAGUAAGAAAAGUUAAUUUAAAAUGUUUGUAUGGGGAGACAAGAACACUAAUUAAACAUCCAGAACUCAUUCACAAAUCUGUACCUUCAAAAUAAGCAAGAGAGAUUUAAUUUCAUAGUGAAAGUUUUAAAGUAUUCAGCAGUUCCAAAUGACAUUUCAAUAAGAAAGUUUAAAAAGAUUCAGUAGUAAAAGAUUUUGUUUAAUGUCAGGUAAAUAUGAUUGAAUUAAAAAUAGCCAAUGGUUGUAACUUAUAUGGAGAAAAUAACCCAGCCAAAUGUGAUGUAUGUUUUUUUUUAAAAGUGCGCCGCAUGCUCUUUUUACAGAAAAAUCUCUUUUCUCAGAAGUGAGAGCUCACCAUUUUAUUUAUGCAAGAGCAUUCUUUUAAUCUUACCUACUGCUUCCUACAGUUUUUAUGAACAUGCAAUUAAAAAAUUAAAAUUAAAAAAAAAAUCUGUGAAAAAUAGUGGUAGAAAAAAAUCAUUUCCCAACUAGCUCUAGGAAAACCCAUCUAAUAGUCUGUGGCAUUUCCAACAGAUUCUACUUUAUAAAACCAAAGAAGUAAUAAGCAGUAGUGCCUAUACAAGGUAGUGCCUUGUUGGAUCUUUGGACUCAGCCCUGCAGUUGAAGCAUCUGCAGGUGCAGUCAUCGCCCAUGUGGAGGGAGUUGCAAGAGUAAGGCUUGCUUUUAUCUGCACAACUAGGUGCAACAGGAUAGCAACAAUGUCAAGGUGCAGCAGUACAGGACAGCAGCCUUCUCAAAGUGCUCCAACCUUGACCUGAGUGCGUGGAGGGAUAAUUCUGGUUCCAUGGCCAGUCACAGCUCCUCUGCCCAGUGUGCUAAUGAGAGGGCCAUCUAUAGCAAUUUGCCCUCAGAGAUCAAAUGGCGCAUCACCCUGUCCCAGUGCUUAGGUCCCCAUGACAUGGCACAAUCGGACGCUGUGUGGCUGUAACAGUACGUGGCCUCUCUCAGCUGGAUUCCUUGAAAUGCUUUACAAAUACAGUCAUUUCACAAAGCCUCACAGGGCCUACGAGAGAAAGGGGACAUAACAAAAAUAAUAGUACUACGUCGGGGUGCAACAGCACCCUGUCAGAUUGUGCUGGGGCAACACACACAAUGUCAUCGCCUGUGUGUGAGAGAGUCUGUGUCUGUCUGACACGCAUAAUUAGGGUGACCAGAUGUCCCGAUUUUAUAGGGACAGUCCCGAUUUUUGGGUCUUUUUCUUAUAUAGGCUCAUAUUACCCCCCACCCCUGUCCCGAUUUUUCACAUUUGCUGUCUGGUCACCCUACGCACAAUGUCACUGUGUGUGAGUCUGUGUCUGUCUGACUCGCACAAUGUCAUUGUGUGAGAGCGAAAGCUUAUGCCCAAAUAAAUCUGUUAGUCUUUAAGGUGCCACCAGACUCCUUGUGGUUUUUGUAGAUACAGACUAACACGGCUACCCCCUGAUACUUGACAUUGUGUGAGAGAGAGUGUGUCUGACUGACACACACAAUGUCACUGUGUGGGUGAGUCUCUGUCACACACACAGUGUCUGAGAGAAUGCCUGUGUCUCACACACAAUACCAUCAUAUGUGUGUAGGUGUCUGUGUCUCACACGCACACAAAAAACUCUUCCUGUGUGGGUCAGAUGGAAAGUCCCUCUCCCACGGUCUAGCUCCCCACCUGUGGUCCCUUUAAGAGAACGCACACUUCCGGGUUUCCGCCUGUGAUGUCAUUCAUCUCGUCCAAUCACACAAGGACAUGUCGCUUGGGAGCCAAUCCGAGUGGAGGGCAGUGGGGUUUGUUGCCAUGGCGACAGUAGCCGGGCCUAGGCCCCGGCUGGCGGAGGGAAGCAUGGCGGUGACGCCCCGCGCGCGGGAGCGGGACCUGAGCCGGGGGCUGGAGAGCCUCCCCGUGUCGGUGGGGCCGCCGUCCGAGGAACCCCCGGCCUUCCAGUAUAGCCCAGAGCACGUGGCAGGAGCAGGAGAAGACACUGACCCUUCUGAAAUCACUUUUCCAGGAUGUAAUUGUGUUACUGCUUCCUGCGUGGCCAACACUUGUUCGUGUCUUCGCCAUGGUGAAAACUAUAACAGUUCAUGCAUCAAAUACAUAGGAAGUGAAGUGGACUAUACUAGGCCUAUUUUUGAAUGCAAUGCCAUGUGCUGUUGUGGUGAGUUCUGUCAAAACAGGGUUAUUCAGAGGGGUUUACAAUUCAGACUUGAGGUGUUCAAGACUGUUAAGAAGGGGUGGGGUCUCCGCACACUGGAGUUCAUACCUAAAGGAAGAUUUGUGUGUGAAUAUGCUGGUGAAGUUCUAUGCUUCCGUGAGGCAUGUAGAAGAAUACAGGCACAGACACCAGAGGAUUCAAACUAUAUUAUAGCUGUGAGGGAACACUUGUAUGAUGGACAGAUCAUAGAGACAUUUGUUGAUCCUAUGAAUACAGGAAACGUAGGCAGGUUCCUGAACCAUUCUUGUGAGCCAAAUUUAUUUAUGGUUCCUGUCCGAAUUGACUCACUGGUGCCCAAACUGGCACUUUUUGCUGCUGCUGCUAUCUCUGCUGGAGAAGAACUUUCAUAUGAUUAUUCUGGAAGAUUUCUUAAUGUACCGCUAAUCAAAAGAGAGCAGGAAAUGUUGGAGGAAGAUGAUGUAAUGAAAAAACCCUGUUACUGUGGUGCUAAAUCAUGUGUUGGGUUUUUACCGUAUGAUAGCUCUCUGUGCUAUACACCAGGCAAACAAACUUUUGGCAAAGUUUCUCAAGGAAACAGCUGUGCAUAGGGAUUCAAAAAGAUUGACAUCAGUGAAUAUAGCAUCUAUUGUCAGAUGUGCCUAGACAAAAAUUGAAUGAGAUUCCUUUGCCCGGCCACCCAAAAAAAUAACCAUAGGUCCCCCAUCCCACAUAUACACACACCAACAGCUACAGCAAGGAUAGAAAUAUAAUGGCAUGAUGUGGGAGGGGGAAAUGGGAAAUGCCAUUCCACUUAGCUUCAAGUGAAAAGUUAAAUGACUAAUUAGGACUACAGGCAAAGUGUAGGAAGUAAUUGUUAUGUACACUAUAAUCUUACACAGUUAGAGGCAUUUGGCCUUCAUCUGUACAUUUCACAGUACACUCAGGACACUGAACCCAUAACCUUACAUCUCAGUAAGGGUUAAUACUUAACACAUAGGUGAAGGAGAAGUCAAAGCAGAGGCACUGAUGGUGCAAAAUAAACAGAAGCUAAGGCAGGUGUAAAGUGCUGCAGAUGAGUAUGUUAGAUAGUAUAUUCAAAAGGGGAAAAUGCUGUUUUCAGGAGAGGAGAUUGCAAUCUGCCUUAUUGCUCUGACUGUUAGAGCCAGCCUUGGACAAAAGCCAAGACAGAGUUCCUGACAAUAUCCUCAAAUAACAUGCUGAACAAUCUCCUGUACUCUCACCUUGAUUCCAGGUGGAUGAUACAAGAGAUAGCUAAACGGGUGACCUACUGCCACAGCUAACCUUUUCCUGUUAAAACAAGAAAGCUUAGGAUAACUUGCCACAGCUCAAAGAUUUUGAUAAGGCCUGUUUCAGUGAACAGUGAGGUAUAUAGAAACAGAUUGAAUUAGAAUGGUAGGUGCAGAAAAGUGGGAAUUUGGGGAGAUGAGUUAGAUAAGGGAAAAAAUCACUUGAGAAUUAAAGCUUGAGAAAAAAAUCAAGAUGACAGGUGCAAAUUAACAGUGGCAUUUACAAAGGUGGCACCCGUUUUUGUUUUUUUAAACUGUGUGCAUUAAUAGCUCCUGCAAACUAAAACUAUUUAAAACAUGAAUUCCUUGCCUGUUCUGGAGCCUGUUUGAAAAUUAGGCCUCGCUUAUAGCUAUAGCUGAGCCCCUCCUAUUUCAUGACCAACUUUUACAGAAAAAUAUUAAGUAAAAUGCAUUCCCUCCUCCCCAUCUUUUGCCAGCUCUUCCUACUUACCCCUCUUGACUGUAACUGGGUAGGGAGCUAAUUCUGUUCCAUGAACACUUGACGUUGCAUUUUCUCCUCUGUUCCCUGAAAUGGACUCUGUACCCCAGGCCUUCUCUGUGAUCAUUCUAAUUUUUUUUCUGAACUGGCUCCAUCUCAAGGCAUAGGCUUAGUUAGCCACAAGAGGGCACCAAUUUAGAUGUAUAGUCAUCCCUUCGAAAUAGCAUGCAUCACCUCAAUGAUGCUUCCAACUGAUGUUGGCAAAAUAACUGAAGGAGUGGGCAGAAAAUCCAAAUUCCAUUCUGCGGAGUAGCACAAUACACUACCUGUGUGUCUGGCAAAACAGACGGAAGUGGUAGAUGCUAAUAUACAACACCUUUACGAACAAGCAUCUGUUUCUGCACUGUUCAACAGAUGGGAGAGAGAAGAGGGGGAUUUGUUUUGUUUAAUAUUAGUCCUUUCAUGCAUAGUCAGAUGUUUUAUUGUUAGCCUCUUUUUUUCCUCUCAAACCAAAUUGGUUUCUGCCUCUGGUUAUAAGGAACAGGGAAGCAGAGUUUUGCCAUUGCAGAUAGGAGGGAUAGUGGUGCUUAGAAGAUACAUAAAGUAAUGGCUACACUUUCCAACUAAAAACUACAAAAUGUUUAACAGUACGAGUUAAGAAAGUUGCUAGUUUUAGGCCAGUUGUUGUGGACAAGUGACUGUCACAAAAAAAAAUCCACUAGUGCUAUUACUGAUUUUCAUCAGUCCAUAACCAUUUGAUGGUGUCAGAGUACCUCCUCUCUUUCUCCCUUAGAAAUGAUUGCUUCUGCUAGCGGUGUAUGGUGGAGGUCUACGUAAGAGAAACUUCCUAUUUGUUGCUGUCCUGAAUAAGUAAAGGGCUGAAAAGGUGGCAACCAACUCACCUAUCCCAGGAGAUGAAAUGCACAAUCACUUAGCACUUCCAUUUUGGGGGGCGCGGGGGCAGAAGGAAUCUUAUUGUAAGUAAGCGGGAUAUUCCAAUUGAAUUUCUGUCACACCUAGUUCUUUAAUUUUGAGAUUAACAUUUUUAUGCAUGAGGCAUCUGCACAAAAGAACCACUCUCGCCCCAUCCUAAAAUUGAUCUUAACUGGACAUUCCAGAUGGAAGGGUUGAAAAUGUAGAACAUGGAAGAUGUUUUAGAGCCCAGGAAAAGACCAUACUUUGUUCCUUUUUGGCAGUUAGGCCCCAAUCGGGGUAGAGUUACUCACAUACCCUAGUUUAGAAAGGGAAAAGGGUCUCUCACUCCUUUCCUGUAAUUCCAUACAGUCUUUGGUUGUAGCAUGCUUUAAGUCCAGUCUGUUUCAGUCGGGCUAGUUUAAAGAUUUAGUGUUCCUCUACUAUCUUCUACCCCCAGUUUCCAGUGUUUCCCCCCUAAGAUCAUACCACUGGGAAACAGACACUACCUUUGCAGUAAAAUUUGAAAGGCAAGUAGAUUCAUCUAUGCAUUGCUUAGUUCUGACUGCUGGACUAGCUUAUUUUUAAUGUUUUGUCAUGCUGUUGGGUGGUGAGGUGGUACAACAUAGAUUAAUCAAUUAAAGUCGGUUUCUGAGACCAGGAUGGAUGGGUCAGUUGCUAGUGGAUCAAAUUUAAUUAUAAUUAAAAAAAAAAAAAUCUAAACCUGCAUUUUACAACACAGAAAGAUCCAUUCAGUCCAUAAAAAUUAUUUCAAUGUAUGCUUUCUGUAAUACAAUAUGUACUCUGUGGCUCACUUACUGUCUUGUUCAACUUACUGAGUAACUCAUGUUAUCGUAAUUCACUGUACACUGUGUUUAUUAAAUAUCACAAAGUGUUCAAAACGUA